AGACGGUGUGAAUAGUGUAAAAUUCUGAGCUCCCGCGUUUCCGCUUCUAACUUUCCCCCUUCCUUCUUCCCACUAUGGGAAGACCCGGGUUCAGGCGAACGGAAUUUCGCUCGCACUGCGCAUGCGCCCGCCGAGGCUGAUGGCGAUGUAGCAGCGAGCUCCGGGAAUUCACCUCAGAUGUCCCCAGUUAGAGUCUGAGUGGAGGUCGCAGUGGGGAUGAACGCCUACAAGCAGCCGUGCGGAAUAACCGAGAGCUCGGGCACGGAUUAAAGUCUGACUUCAUUUUUUUUUAAUUUUAUUUUUGAGAGGGGGGUUCAAUUCAGCGCCAUAUAAUCACACGCGAGCUGCGUCGUCCAUGUCUUCUCCGUUCCGGCACUAUUGCGGAGUUGAUGUCAAUGAACGCUCUCUUCAGCUAUGAUGACAGAUCAGCACCUCCCACUUUUGGAGGCCACGUCCAUGUUGGCUGAAAUGCCCCUCCACCCGCACAUGCUCAGCCGAGACGGCAUGCAGCAGAUGGUCCUGGUGCAGGUCAAUCCAGGAGAGACGUUUACUGUACGCACAGACGAUGGCCAGAUUCAGUGCAUUACAGGUCCGGCGCAGGUGCCCAUGGUGUCGCCUAAUGGCACCGUGCCUCCAAUUUUUGUGCCUCCAGGUUACAUAUCUCAGGUGGUGGAGGAGAACGGCAUGUGGAAGGUGCUGGUUCUGCCUCAUACUAUGGAGUUUCAUCCCACUUUACCCCCUGUGCCGCCACAUCUCCCGCUGUACACGCCACCACAACCAGCCAUGCUGCACCACCCACACUUCUACCCCACCGAACUCUCUCCUCACUACAUUCACCAGCUGCCUGCACUUCCUGUCUACCCUGAUCAGGACAUGAUGUGCCACAGUGUAUCAAUGCCCAUCCGUGAAGAGCGUGCAGUAAAAAUGCAGGAGCAGCUGCAGCGGAGGCUGAAAGGCGGGCAUCUGGGUGCUACUAACGGCAUACCACUCACUCACAAUGGACACAGCAAAGUCCGGACAGGCAUGGCUGCAUCUCCAACUCCACCACGUCUUAAACACUCAGUCCGCAACAGAGGCUCGCCUCAGAGUGACUAUGAGGUUAAAGCUGCAGAUCCGGAAGAGGAAAUGAGGCGAGUGCAGGAGCUGCUAUCUUCUGUAUGCAAACCAGCAGUUGGCAAGGUCACGUCACACUCUGCAGUUCUCUCCUGGCGUCCUCCCCUCAAUCUACUGUCAGAAUCAGAUGCACACUUACACUCACACCCUGCAUUGCCGCUCAGCUACGAGCUGGCCUUGUUCCAGAGUGGCUCAGAGGGAGAUUUCAAACUCGUGUACCAAGGGAAAGACACUGCAUGUACUUUGGAAGAGCUCAGACCUGCUACACACUAUUAUGCCAGGGUGUGUGUGGCAUGUAGGUCAAUGAAAGGAGCCCCAUCAGAGAGUGUAACCUUCACUACACUGUGCAGCUUCCCAGACACUCCUGCAGUCCCCCAAUUUAUUCGGCACACCGAGAGCUCCAUAAGCCUUCAGUGGAGAUCGCCCAAUGACAAUGGCUCAAAGAUUACCGGCUUUUGCUUGGAAUACCAGCAGGAAAAACAAAGUGCAUUUAAGGAGAUUUACAGAGGCCUUGCCAAGCAGUACAAAGUUGUGCACCUCAUGCCUUCAACAAAAUAUGCCUUCAGACUUGCUGCUAAAAACGAUGUAGGAAUGAGUGCCUUCAGUGAUGUUCUGAGUUGUUGCACAGGCAGCUGUGUCAUGUCUUCUCCAGUUCCUCCACCUACACCUCGUCUGAUAGAGGCUGGCGUAACAUGGCUGAGUCUAGAGUGGAGCUCCCCCUGUGGGACAGCCAGCCAAGAAACACUCUCUUACACUCUGGAGAUGGAAGAGACUGGAUCUGGGUGUGGCUUUCAGCCGAAGCAUAGAGGGGAGGAGCAGUCAUGUAUAGUGAGGGAGCUCAGGCGAAACACCUCUUACCGAUUUAGGGUGUCUGUGGCUGGACCAGAGGGUCACAGUGUGUCUAGUGCAGAAGUGGAAUACCGAACCUUGCCAGAGCAACCAGGCAGACCAGGAAAACCUUCACUGCACACUUCUGUACAACCACACAGCCUGCAUGUUGUCUGGGAGGCCCCAGAGGAUGACGGAGGCUUGCCGAUCACUCUUUAUGUGCUGGAACUCAGUCAGAGUGAUCACCAGUGGGAUGUGGUGUACCGUGGCCCUCUCAGACACCAUGUGUGUGAGGGCUUGCAGGAAGGGAGAUGGUACAAAUUGCGUGUGUACUGUGAGAGUUUGGGAGGUCAGAGUCAGGUGUCGGAGAGUUUUUGUGUGCAGAUGGCUCCUCUGCCCCCAGGACCAUGCCAAGCCUUGCGCCCUGCAGAGGGAGCCACAUCCUCAGAGAUUUCACUAUCUUGGGAUCCUCCAGUGUGUGAUGGAGGGGCAGCAGUCUCUAUGUACUGUGUGGAAAUGGCUCAGUCAGUGGAAGACUCUCAACAGCAGGUGUUUCAGGGCUCAGAUCCCUACUGCACUGUGGGCCAACUUCAUCCUGGCACAACUUACCUGUUUUGGGUGAAAGCUUACAAUGCAGCAGGGUGGGGUCCCCUGUCUGAUGUGUGCCAGGCUUCAACGAUGCCAGGAGCCCCAGAACAGUGCAGUGUCCCAAAUAUUACACUAAGUACUUGCAGCAGUGUACUCGCUACCUGGGAGAGCCCAGCUUGUAAUGGUUCAGAGGUGUAUGAGUUUCAGUUGGAGUGGGGUAUCGACGAAAGUGCUCUGGAGUUACUGUACUCUGGUUCUUCAUCUCAGUAUGAAGUGAGAGACUUGCAGCCAGCUACACAGUAUUACUGCAGAGUGCAGGCAGUCAAUGCUAUUGGAGCAGGCCUCUUCAGCGAUGUUGCCACAGUACAGACCCCAGCCUCCAUCCCAGCAGCUGUAGAACAUGUGGAGGAAAUUGGGACAAACUCUCUGGGUGUUGCUCCAGCUCAUAAUACUGCUACCAGUCUGGCUAUAAGGUGGACAGAACCUAAGUGUCAUGGAGCAGAGAUUUCUGGAUACAACAUAGACUUUGGAGAGGAGCACCCUCUGUCUGUAGGGAGGACUAAUUACCACAUACUGGAAAAUCUUCAAUCGGACACUACAUAUAGGAUACGAGUGCAGGCAGUGAAUAGCAUUGGCGCCGGUCCCUUUAGCACAGCGCUGAAACUCAGAACACGUCCUUUGCCUCCUGAACCCCCAGUGCUGGAGUGUGUGGUGGCUGGACCUCAGAGUUUGAAGCUGAAAUGGGGAGACAGGCUUCAGAACAGUCAUGGCACACACUACUGUUUGCACAUGCAAGAUGCUACGGACAGGUUGGUUUGCAUCUACAGUGGUCCCUGCCAUACGUUUAAAGUGCAGAGAUUGUGUGAGGCUACAGAGUACCAGUUCACCAUUCAAGCUCACAGUGCAGCAGGCAUGGGCCCACUCUCUCCUCCAUACAUUUUCAGCACCACCCGCUCUCCACCACCUCAGCUCAAACCCCCAAAGGUGGAACAGGUCGAGUGGAAUAGGUAUACAGUCACGUGGGAGGCACUUCAAGCAAUGAGAGGAGACCCAAUUGUUUAUGCACUGCAGCUGCUGAGAGGCAGAGAAGUGGAACAGCUAUAUAAAGGCUCUGGAACCUCAUACACAUGGCAAAACUCCUCAGUGAGUAGCAUGUGUCGUCUGCGUGUGAGUGCCGGUCGUCGGAGCACGGAUGGUGGAGAGCUGUGGGGUCAGUGCAGCCUCAGCACGGCCCUUCCUGUCACUGAGCCGCCCAGAAUCUCAAGCUCCCACAGUCCCCGGCCCAAGAGGAGUUGGUCUGUUGCCGACGAGCGCUUUGCAACCAUCCUGCUCCUUGGCUUUGUCAUCUUGGCCAUUCUAUUUGCCGUGGUUAUCCAGUACUUUAUCAUUGAGGUGCAAUGAGGGAAGAGAAGAGCAAUUUGUUGCAAGAAGGGAAGCAAGGAAUUAGAAAGAGGAAGGAGAUGGAAAAAGCGGCAUCUUAGAGCAGAGCAGGCCUCGUAGCACAUAGCCGCCCCGGCUAGCACAGAGCAUUUUGAAAUGGUCAUUAUUAUUAUUAUUAUUAUUUUAUAUAUUUUUUUUAAUGACUAUUAAUGCAUGGAGGCAAGAAAUCUAUAUAUGGCAUCAGUAGGUACUUUGUUGUGUAAACUGUGAUGAAUGGGAUUCCAGUGUGGCGUCUGUAUACUUUUCCGAGGGUUAUUUCACAGUUUUGGCCACGAUUUUUAUCAUCAUUUCAUCUGAAUCGAGAAUAUUUUUAGAUCACAGAUGCAUCUCUAGGCGAAGCCGAUCACUCAAUGCUUUGGUGAGCUUGGCUGGUAUUCGGUACACAGCAGCCUUUUCUGAACAUUAAAGGACCUCAUUCUCAGUAUGGAAGUCAUGAGAUUCUCCUGCGAAUCCCUGAGGAUUGUUAUAUCAGUGAGUUUAUUUUGCUUUAUAUAAAUGAAGUUUUAUGG